AUGUUCUUUCAACUAUCAAAAGCUGCUUUGAAGUUCCAUCCUGACAAGGUUUCUGAGGAGUUUAGGACAGAGGCCGAAAUCAAAUUCAAGGAACUAUCUGAAGCAUACGAAGUGCUAUCUGAUGAAAACAAAAGAAAUGCCUACGACACCUAUGGUUCUGCUGAUGGUCCUAAUGGAUUUCAUGAUUUUUAUGAUGAACAAGAUGGUGGUACAGGCUUCACCCCAGAGGAUUUUUUCAAUUUUUUUGAUGGUGUGAAUGGUGGUGUUCCUCCAGGAUUUCAAAAACAAUAUCAGCCCCCCACUAAGACUGACGACGCUGAAUUAAAUGUCAAAGUCACCCUCGAAGACUUGUAUAGAGGAAAAGUCAUCAAGUUCACUAUAACCAGAGAUUUGCUAUGCCAUUCUUGCAAAGGAACCGGUGCAAAAUUAAAAGCGACCCCAAAAACUUGUUCAACUUGUCGUGGUGAAGGUUUUGUGAACAAAAUUCGUCGUAUUGGUCCUGGCUUAGUGACUCAAGAUUAUGUUGCUUGUUCAACAUGUAAUGGAAAGGGUAAAAUCUACAAACAAAAGGAUAAAUGCAGAAAAUGUGAGGGCAGUGGUGUAAAAGAAGAGACUAGAAUAUUGGAGUUUUAUAUUCAAAAGGGUAGCAGUAGUGGUGAAUCAAUAAUAUUAAAAGGCGAAUCAGACCAGGCUUUAAAUAAAGAGUCCGGAGAUGUUAUCUUAACUUUUGAUGCAAAACCACAUCCAGUAUUUACAAGAAAAGGCGAUGAUUUAUAUGCUGAUUUACAUGUCACACUCCAAGAAGCAUUGUGUGGAUUUAGUCGAAUUGUUGUAAAACAUUUAGAUGGCAGAGGCUUAAAUCUAGCAAUACCAAAGGGAACUGUUUUAAGACCAAAUGAAUAUGUUAAAGUUAAAAACGAAGGUAUGCCAUUGAAAAAUUCCAAAAAUGAUAGCAAGGGUGAUUUAUACUUGAAAAUAUUUGUUGAAUUUCCUCCAGAUGGAUGGUGUAUAGAUAGCAGUGAUAUCGAUCGAGUUAAAUCAAUUUUGCCUUCAUCAAAAUCAUCUUUUAUUGAAACAAUCAAUGUUUCGGAAAACGAUAUAAAUGAUAAUUUUUUAGAGGAAUUGGGAUGGAUUGAAGUUGAUGGAGGGGUGAGUAAAAGAGAUUGA